AUGCGUUUCUUUACCGCUACGAUAUACCUUCUCCUUGCAUCUUACGCCUCCGCCAACCCUGUUCCCAAGGACGACUGCAAUGAUAUCCCAGCAGCUCCAAGCACUCUCCCUGCACCACCUCCGCCGCUCCCGUCACAGGCUACUUCCCACCCAACCGGGACACCUGGCCCAUCAUCAUCCAUAUCCAAAGACAAAAUGAUCGAAGUCCUGAAGGAGAUUGCUCCGGCCUCGGCUAAGGAACCCUGCGUCUCCGCAGCGAAGGCAGAAGGGCAGUGCCGAAGCGCCUCCCAAGCUGCAGAACCAAUCAUCCACUCCUUUGAAAAAUACAAGAUCACCUCCAAGCCCGAGAUGGCUGCCAUCUUGAGUCUUAUCGCACUAGAGUCUGGAGAGUUCAAAUAUCAGAAGAACGUAUUCCCUGGUAGACCUGGUCAAGGCACUCGAAACAUGCAAAUGCCUAACUUCAACGCCCUUUAUGCCAAGUCGAUCCCUGAGCUAGCCGCUAAGAUUGGCCCUAAGACGAACAAUGUUGACGCGGUUUUGGAUAUGCUGCUCUCCAAGGACGACUACGACUUUGGAUCGGCGGCGUGGUUCUUGACUACCCAGUGUACUCCCGCUGUUAGGACUGCGUUGCAGUCUGGUUCUGAGGAGGGAUGGUCCAAGUACUUGACUGAGUGCAUUGGAACCACUGCUGCCGAUGAGCGGAAGAAAUACUGGACUAAGGCGAUGGAGAGUGUUAAAUCUUUGUAG